AGCUGCGAGAUCCUAAUUGACACAUGAACGCAUACACAUCUGCUCCGAACGAAAUACUCUCUUGACACAACCAUGACGACCUCUGUAGCGCAGCCUGAUAUCCAUUCGCUCAAACUAGACGGUGCUCCAUCGCCGUCGUUAGUAUUCGAGCCGUUCGACCUCCCAUCGAGCAAUCAAAGAACACUGGCCGCUCCGCAUCCGAGUGGCACGGUCAUACCACUAGCGUUGCGCCCAUCCACGCACGAUAAUGCAGAAGUCAGCCUCGAGACAGUCGUCGACACUAUAAAGGCUCUGCAGGCGCAGGAUGGAAUCCUCACCAAUAAGCUGGCUCGUCACGGAACGCUGCUGUUUCGCGGGCUGCCAAUCCACAACGCUGACGACUUCAGCAAAUUCGCCCAUGCAUUUGGAUACAAGCCGCACGAGAUCAUUGGAAUCGUUGUGAACAGGCCGUUGCUCGCUCCGAAUGUGGCGCCUGCCAACGAGGCUCCCAAGGAUGUGCUGAUAUACAACCACAACGAGUCGCCACAGGUCCCACACGCCCCGGAAUACAUCUUCUUCUAUAGCCACAAGGCACCAGCAAAAGGAGGCGAGACACCCAUCUCAUCUUCGUUGGAGCUAUUCCACCGCGCGCAACAGGAGAUUCCAGAGUUUAUCACCGAGCUCGCUGAGAAGGGUAUCCUUAGCAAAGUGGUCUAUAAAAUCGAGAAACAGUAUGAAGGCAAUUCGACCUUGAAGCAGGCAUUUGGAAAAGAGAUCCAGGAGGGUGACGACGAAGCCACCAAACGGGCCAAGAUCGAGGCUCAGAUUGCGCGAUAUGGAAGAGGGAAACAUACGACGUGGGAAUGGACCGAUGACGGCGGCGUCAUUUUGACGCACAGGCUACCUGCCAUUCGGACCCAGCCCGAAACACAGCUGCCUACUAUCUUCACGGGCCUGGCGGCAUACUGGAAGAAUGCCCAAGCCAACGCGGCUAGGAAGAACGUGUUGCAGCAGUUCGGCGACGGCACGCCCAUUCCAGAGAAGUACCUAGAGCACCUCGCCAAGCUUACAGACGAAAUCCGAGUGCUCCACAAAUGGCAGAAGGGCGAUGUGCUUGUCUAUGACAAUAUCAUUGCGCAGCAUGGUCGCCAGCCGUGGGAAGGGGAGCAAUCGGACCGUGUUGUUCUUGCGAGCCUUUGGGAUGGCGAGAGCGUCCCCGGCGCCUACACUGAUAGUGACUGGGCUCAGGUUGUUCAGGCUCUCGACGGAUAGGAUACUGUAGAUGUUGUGUAUGCAUUGUUCCUCGACCCUGUAGUCUUCUUGAUGCAAUUUGAAUGUGAAUUGUCGGUCGUGUCGCAAAGAGCACCC